AGAAUCAGGAUUCAGGAUUUCUGUGGACAGACUGCAGUCGGCUCAGGCUUUCUGUUCUGGAUUUGAAGAAACCGUUGUUCCUUUGAGCAGUUUUACUGAUCCUGAAUCAGUUUUUGGUGUAGAAAUCAAGUAGAUAUUAUUUCAUCAGUAUUUUAAUCCAUCAGGUCAGUGUGGCAGCAAUGCAUCACUUCAUUUCCAUGAUGUUUUCACUGCUAGUCAUUACUGGGCUGCAGGUGAGCGUUGAGUCCGCAGGUAGACGUCUUGAGCGGAGCACCAACAGACUUUACACAACGGAGCUGUCGGUGCCGAAUGGAGGAGGAUGGGGGACGUGGGGUAACAGAGAAAUGUGUCCAUUUGGAACAUACGCCGCAGGGUUUAGUCUAAAGGUGGAAGGUCAUGUUGGUGAUGGGGAUGACACUGCACUCAACGGGAUUCGCCUUCACUGCAUUGGCUUAUUACGCUCGUAUCACAACUACGCCUCAGUUCAGUCAGUUGUAGGCAGGUUCACAUGCAGUGACAGGUCUGUCCUGACGGGUGACGGCACAGGCUGGGGUGAUUGGGGCAGAUGGAGUCAAUCAUGUGUAGGAAAAGGGAUUUGUGGUAUCAAGACGCGAGUAGAAGGGUCGCAGGGAAGCGGAGACGACACCGCUCUCAAUGACGUGCGCAUGUACUGCUGCAAAUAAGGUGUUAGAGGACGACAACAAGAAGAUCAGAUGGAUCAUAAUGACUGAUCAGCAUACUGUUAUGAGCUCACAUGAACCAUGUCAUACAACAGCUACUUAUUAUCAGAAAAUAAAGCCUGAGACGUGAUCAGGACCUCAACACAAAGCAGAGGCCGACUGUACAUCAUCUCACUCCUUACACAGCAAUGCAAAGUGUGUCUUAUCAAUUCAUGCAUUAUAAAGUGUAAAGCUGUCAUUUUUCUGAGGGCAUACUUAUAUCUUAACAUCUAAUAAAAUAUUAAUUUAGCUUGAAAUGACAUUAGUGUUUGUCUGUUGAUUAAUGUACUUCUUUGUUGACCUGAUUGAAAUCAUUAACCCCAUUAAUCCCCACUUGUAAGUCACUUUGGACAAAAGUGUCUGCUAAAUGAAUAAAUGUAAAUGUAAAUUAACAAAAUUAUGUGUGUGUUAUAGUAUUCUUUGCAUAUCAUUCAUUUAUGUUUUUAUUUCUCAUGACUGACUAAUCAAAAAAUGAAGAAAUGCUUUGUGAAGAACAGGCACAUUUCCAAUAAAUUUAACUGUGACUUUUCAUGUCAUAA